CGCGGGAUUAAGACUAUUCGAGUUUCGCCUUUCCCGCCCUUUACCCCUUCUCUCUCUCUUCCAAGCAAAUUAAAUUAGGGUUUUCAUUUUGGUAUCACACCAAGCUCAUCUCGAUAGCAAAGAGGCACCGGGAGAGAAAGAGGAGGAGGAAUCACAAUGGGGAUUACAGGUCUUCUACCUCGACUCAAAUCAAUCAUGGUUCCCAUCCAUAUAAAAGACUUGCGUGGCUGUUCUGUAGCCAUAGAUACAUAUUCCUGGCUUCACAAAGGGGCAUUAUCUUGCAGCAAAGAGCUUUGUAAAUCAGAACCCACUUCCAGGCAUAUCGCUUACUGCAUGCAUAGAGUGAACUUGCUUCGGCAUUAUGGUGUCAAGCCUAUACUUGUCUUCGAUGGAGGAAAUCUACCUAUGAAGUGUGAAGAAGAGGCCAAGCGUUCUAGAUCGAGGAAGGAAAACCUUGAGCGGGCUAUGGAGCAUGAGUCAAUGGGAAACUCUGCUGCUGCUUAUGAAUGCUACCAAAAAGCAGUCGACAUCUCCCCCGCGAUUGCCAAUGAACUCAUCCAGGUAUUAAAGCAGGAAAAUAUUGAUUUUGUUGUCGCUCCUUAUGAGGCUGAUGCUCAGAUGGCCUUCUUGGCUCUUAGUAAACAAGUGGAUGCAGUCAUUACUGAAGAUUCCGAUCUGAUUCCAUUUGGAUGUCCCAGAAUUAUCUUCAAAAUGGAUAAAUUUGGGCAAGGUGUUCAGUAUCAAUCUUCCCUGCUACAAAAGAGUAAGGAGCUGAAUUUGAGUGGAUUUACUCAGCAGAUGGUUCUUGAGAUGUGCAUCUUAAGUGGUUGUGACUAUCUGCCGUCAUUACCAGGAAUGGGUCUAAUAAAGGCUCAUGCACUUAUUUGCAAGUUCAAAAGCUAUGAAAAGGUGAUUAAGCAUUUGAAGUAUAGUACUGUUGCAGUUCCUCCUCUUUAUGAAGAAUCAUUUAAGAAAGCGUUAUGGACUUUCCAGCACCAAAGAGUUUAUGACCCUAGAGUUGAAGACAUUGUACACCUGUCAGAAAUUUGCCAGUAUCUUGGCGAAGAUUUAGAAUAUUUAGGCCCAAUGUUACCCCAAGAUACGGCUAAAGGCAUAGCAAGAGGUUAUCUUGAUGCAAUCACUAAGAUGCCAUUCCAGGGAAUUGCUCUUAAUGGACUCGCGGUUGAUAGGAAUUACAAACCCAAAGGUUCUAAAUCUGAAAGAGAAAGGAAAAAAGUAGAGUUGCCUAUACAGAAGAAUGUCCUUACUAACUAUUUUUGCUCAGCAUCUGCUGAAGCAAAAAGGGGAUUUAAGGUGCCUCAAAUUAUAUCUACGAAUUUGGGUCUAUCAGAAGAAUCUACUUCUCCUAGCUCUGAAGAAAAUGCUUCUCAGGAACCUACUUCUUUAAGCAUGAACUCCUCGCAGUCCAACAUAUUUGGUUCCUCUAGUCCCAAAGAUUAUUUGGAAGUUAUUUUUCCCACCGAAACAGCUCAGUUUUUGGACUCUCCUUGUUAUAGUAAAACUCCACUUACUAUACCAGCAGAGUUAAACAUCAUUAAUAACAGUUCAGAUUCUUCAGAACAUUCUCUGUCAUUUCACCAACCGAAGCAAUCACUGUACAGACCUUGUACGACGUUGCACAAGGAGCCACAAUGCAAGAUUGAUUUAGAUCAAGCUGGAGAGAAAACUAGACAAGCCAGCCGCAAGGUCAUUGUGAGGAGUUCCUAUUUUCAGCACAAGUCACCAAAAGAUGAUGCUGUUGACAAUGGAAAACCUGUUUUUUUGGACGAUGAGGGCAAUUAUGUUUCUUGUGACAAAAAUGUUUCUGAAAGUGGAACAAAUGGGAUCAAUUUUCCUGAGAGUUCCUGUAAGAAGAGGUCAUCAAUAUCGACUGAGAGGACAAAAAUUGAUAAUGUAGACAUGAAGCGUGCUCGGAAUGGCGCAUUUCUUUCCUCUGAAAGUGAUGUGAUUCCUGAUCUCGACUCAAAAUCUAUGGAGAACAAUGAUAAAGGAAGUUUUGGUUGCAACAUUUCCCAUAUUAGUCACUUUUCUGAUGUAGCAGAGAAAUCAAUGGAGCGAUUUAUGUCAGUUAUCUCUUCAUUCAAUUAUACCUCAUCUGGCUCUCGAGCCAGUGGUCUCCGCGCCCCUCUAAAAGAUGUGCGGAACACAUUAGCAGCGAGGUCAAGCAUUUCUCUGAAAGAUAUAGAUGAUUUUGCUUAUGUACCCAAGAAUAAGAAGAUUGCUCGUGUGUCUCCACAGACUAAGUUUGAGCACCAUAGCUAAGUAGUUCUAUGAUAGUCAGCAAAAUAUUCUUUACACAGCUUAAACAGGUAGCAAAAGCUCCCUUGUUUUCGUGGAGGAACUUCACAAUUUUGGAGUCGUUAAUGGAUUUGACCUGUUCAGAUGAUCCUUGUAAGCUGAGUUGUACAUUUUGUUCAUCUAUGGUUUGUUGUUUUUGUUGUUUCUCCUUUGUGAAACCUUAUACUUGAAAUGUAUCUUUGCAAAUCAAUAGAACUGUAUCUUAAUUCUGUCUA